UGAUGCGCGGGGCAGAGGCGGAGAGGCGUACACGCGCGGCGCGGCGACCUACGUAUUUCUCGGCUGCUAGUAAGUCUCCGGUGGCCCGAGUCUGGUGGCCGGAGCUCCUCCUCUAGUACGAGCUGAGGUAGUUUGCCGUGUGUUUAGCCGCGCGGGAAUCGCGAGUGCACGGCACCUGGUAAGCGGCCCCACGGGCCAUGUAGCCGGUCAGCGAUGUGGACGACCACGAGGACGACCAAGUACGCCGUCGCCAUUUACAACUGGCGAGGCGACACGCGCUACGGCCUGCCCCUUGAAAUCGGCGAAACCCUGCAGAUCCUGGAAGAGUGCUCAGGAUGGUACAGAGGUUUCUCUAUAAAAAAUCGGGCUGUAAAGGGGAUAUUCCCAAGUUCUUACGUGCAUUUAAAAUCAUGCAAAAUCGAAAACGAAGGAUUAUUCGAAUCAGUCAUUCCUUUGGAGGAUCCUGUUGUCCGAGAAGUAACACUAGUGUUGCGAGAAUGGGGCGGAAUUUGGAAAAGGCUAUUCGUGGAUCGGGAGACCUACAAGUUCAAUACCCUUCGGAAAGUGAUGUGCGAGCUGCUGGAGUGGAGGCGCCAGUUACUAGCCGGCACCCUCACUACCGAUCAAACUCGCGAGCUCAAGUUGCAGAUAAUCAACAAGGUCGACUGGGGAAACCGGAAACUUGGUCUCGAUCUGGUACCGCGGCAGGGCGCUCAUAUGGUAGACCCAGAAUCCAUGUCUGUCAUCGAAUUAUAUCACGUGCAUGUGCAGAGCGCGGAAAACUCUCAAGGCUCGUCAGGGCGCGGAACGUUACGUCGCAAGGAGCACAAGAAAGUCCUCACCCACCAUCUUUAUUUCUGUAUGCGGGACUUUGGGCACUCGGUUGGCGAAGACGCGGAGAUUUACUUCUCGUUGUACGAUGCCAAGCGCGGCCAAUACAUAAGUGAACGCUUCCUCGUGCGUAUAUCCAAAGAGGGCUUUUCCAACUACGUCGAGAAGAUGCACAGCAACUGUACAAUAUUCACGGACCUGGGUAACGCUGACCUCAGCCGUGAUCUCUAUAUGGUUGCACACGUUAUGAGGUGCGGCAGGAUGCUGUACUCGGACUCUGGAAAGAAUAAGGCUGGGGCGGCGGUGUACAGGAGGCCACAUGGGGUUGGAGUCCUAUCCUUAAUCGACGCUACUCAAGAGCAAACCGAGGAGCUUGAACUUACCUUUAAGGUCUACCAGGGUGACGAGAAGGAGUUUCAUCAGCUCCACGAGCAGAUAAUUCGAAACAAUAAGUGUUCGCCUCUACCGGGCCAGCCGAAUUAUGGUAUCGUUGUCUCCUUCCGGGUACUGCACGGCGAGCUUUGCCAGGUACGCGACGACAACCCCCUCCUGUUCAAGAACAUCUGCUUGACAAAGAAACUUGGCUUCUCGGAUGUCAUUAUGCCUGGAGAUGUGCGCAACGACUUGUAUCUGAAGCUCGAGAGGGGCGAGUUCGAGCGCGGCGGCAAAUCCACUGGCAAGAAUAUCGAGGUAACUGUUAUGGUAUUGGAUGCCGAUGGCCAACCACUGGAAGGCUGCCUUUUUGGAGCAGCUGGAAUGGAUGGAAGUUCAGAGUACCAAAGCUUAGUAAUUUAUCAUCAUAACAGUCCGUCGUGGGCUGAAACUGUGAGACUCGCUGUACCUAUUGAUAAAUUCUACGGCAGUCAUGUUCGUUUCGAAUUUCGUCAUUGUUCUACGCGCGAGAAGAAUGACAAAAAGCUCUUCGCCUUCGCCUUCGUACGACUGAUGGAGACGGGAGGUGCGACCCUUCAAGACGGUCUGCACGAACUCUACAUUUACAAAUGUGAAGAGCGCGCAAAAUUGGAAUCGCUCAACUACCUUUCCAUGCCAAGCAAUGCUCGUGAGCCAAAUUAUCCAGGCAUCGGGCCGUUUACUCGAUCAGCUAAAGAGGCCGUAUUCGUGCAAACCUUACUCUGCAGUACCAAAUUGACCCAGAACGUCGAUCUCUUGAGCCUCCUUCAAUGGAAAGCACACCCGGAAAAGAUUUUGGAAGCUCUCGGCCGUGUUCUUCGCCUCGAUGGCGAAGAGCUCGUUAAGUUCCUUCAAGAUAUCCUCGACGCCCUCUUUGCCAUGUUUCAUACGGAAGAUGGCAAUUCUACUGCCCAUUCAGGACUUGUUUUUCAGGUCUUGGUUUCCAUAUUCAUUUUACUGGAGGAUUCGAAGUUCGAGCACUUUAAGCCCGUGAUAAAUGCCUACAUCUCGGGUCACUUUGCGGCUGCUCUCGUGUACCAGGGCCUGAUAAGCAGUGUUCAGCACUGCACCGAACGCGUGAUGGCACCUGAAAAGCAGGAGUUCAUAAUGAAGUGCUUCAGGUCGCUCGAGUACAUCUUCAAGUUCAUAAUUCAAAGUCGGCUGCUUUACGCGAGGGCGACUGCGGGUCAGUACGAGGACAGUUUCCGCAAAGAUAUUUAUUGCGUAUUCGCCGCCUUGAAUAAGAUGCUGACCCUCCCAUACGAGAUGGUGUUAUCGCUUCAGGUUGCAUUGAUGCUUUCCAUACCUGCGGUCUUCGAGCAACUCAUCGACGUUCUCUCGAUCGUCGAGGUGACGACCCUCACGUGCUCGAUGCUCGACUCGGUACUCAGGGACUCCGCGCCGCAGCUAAUACAGGCCAAACUGGAAGCUGUGAAAAAUCUGGUGACAUCCGAGCUCUUCAAAGAUGACGAGAGCAGAAAUAUGUUAUUGGCUACAAUUUGUCGUCACUUGAGGAUCCACCUGGCCAGACGGGAAGAAUUGCGCUCCUGCACGGAGAUCUUGGGUGAAAUUCUCAGUUUCAUGUACAAACGUGGGAGGGAGGGCAAGGUCAACAACUGCGUUCAUCAGGACGUGGAAACUCUUUGCCUGACGACUCUCGACGUCCUUAUACAGACCAUCCUGAUUAUCAUAAACGCCGGAGGCUCUGUCCUUAAUUGCCUCGUUGCCUGUCUCAUGGGACUGUUGCAGUUAUUAGAUGAGUAUCAUUACGCAAGGUUAUGGGAUGAGCUGACCCUCGGGGGCGAGAGAAAGCCCCUCAAAGACUUUCUGCUCAGAGUUUUCCUGGUGUUGCGGGAGCUCGUUAGACAGGAGAUCUUCCCUCCGGACUGGUUGGUUAUUAGGAUGCAAGCGAACAACAUAAUUCUUAAGUCCCUGCAAGAACUCGCCCAACCCCUUGCUUUCAGAUUUUUACAUGGAAGCUUUGAUUCUCAGCUGUGGUCGACAUAUUUUAAUCUGGCUGUUGCUUACUUAACUCAGCCAUCUUUACAGCUUGAACAAUUCUCCGAAGUAAAACGAGAGAAAAUCAUAGAAAAGUAUGGCGACAUGCGUGUGUUAAUGGGCUUUCAAAUUUUGUCGAUGUGGUCUCAUCUGGGCGAGAAAAAGCUUGAAUUUAUUCCGGGCAUGGUUGGGCCCUUUCUGGAAGUCACCCUCGUGCCUGAAAGUGAAUUAAGAAAAGCCACACUUCAUAUUUUCUUCGAUAUGAUGGAGUGUGAGCAGCGGUCACGAGGAAGUUUUAAAUCGGUUGAGUCGGAAUUGAUCGACAAGUUGGAUAUUCUUAUUAGCGAGAACAAAGGCGAUGACGAGUACAGACAACUUUUCAACACAAUGGAACAUCUCAGUGCGGUACUAUUGGAUCGAGUCCAGUCGGAGGAUCCAACUUGGAAAGAUAGCGGUACCGCUUUCAUAACUUCAGUCACGCGUUUGUUAGAAAGAUUACUCGAUUAUCGUAGUGUCAUCCAAGGCGAUGAGAAUCGUGACAAGCGCAUGUCAUGCACCGUCAAUUUAUUGAAUUUCUAUAAGAAUGAGUUCAACCGCAAGGAGAUGUAUCUCCGCUACAUUUACAAGCUACACGAUCUCCAUCUUGUUGCGGAAAAUUACAGCGAGGCCGGCUUCACAAUGAAGCUCUACGCCGAUCAACUUGGCUGGAAUUCAACCCUCCUCGCAGCCGACCAUAAUCACCCCCAACAGACGGAAUGGCAGCGCAAAGAGCUCCUCUAUCACAAGAUCAUCCAUUACUUCGACCGGGGCAAGUGCUGGGAGAAGGGCAUACCCCUCUGUAAGGAACUUGCGAUUCUUUACGAGACGAGGCUCUACGACUACUCAAAGCUCAGCGAAAUACUCAAGGUGCAAGCUAAGUUCCUGGAUAACAUACUCACACAGCUCAGGCCCGAGCCCGAGUACUUCAGAGUCGGAUUUUACGGACUCAGUUUUCCUCUGUUUGUUAGGAACAAACUUUUUAUUUAUCGAGGCCUAGAAUACGAACGAAUCGGUGCAUUUACACAGAGGCUUCAAACUGAAUUUCCAAGCGCGCAAAUAUUAAUGAAAAAUUCUCCGCCAGACGAAACAAUUCUUUCUUCGGAAGGUCAAUACAUUCAAAUCUGCAAUGUGAAGCCGAUACCGGAGGAAGACAGUCUCGGUUGUGGCCAAUUCGAGGUGCCAGAGCGCGUAGUUGCGUUUUAUCUCGUAAACGACGUUCGACGCUUCGUGUUCGACCGGCCUCUCCAUCGGGGUCAGGUAGACCGCGAGAAUGAGUUUAAGUCCUUGUGGAUCGAGCGGACGACUCUGACGACCGAAGCUAAGCUCCCUGGCAUCCUUAGAUGGUUCGAGGUCAUCGAGAAGCGCUCGGAGCUCCUCGCCCCGGUUCAGUACGCCUGCGAGACUAUGCAGAGCGUCGAGCGCGAGCUAAGGCGACUCGUCGCACAGUAUACGGCUGAGCCGCACCGAAACAUCAAUCCGUUCAGCAUGCGGCUUCAAGGCAUAAUAGACGCGAACGUCAUGGGUGGCAUAACCAAGUACCAGGAGGCCUUCCUCACGCCGGAAUUCGCCAGACUGAACACGGAGAUGGUGCCGCACGUCAACAGACUGAAGAACCUCAUUCUCGAUCAGAUGAGUGUCUUGGAGGCCGGUUUACUGCUCCACGGACAGAUAGCACCCACCGGUGUACAGCCUCUGCACAAAAGACUCAUCGAGAGAUUCACCCAACUCAAGCAGAGCUUAGGGCCGAUGACGCGGCAGCGUCUAUUGCACCAAGACAGUAUUAUCAACUCGCCGUUACCGCCGCUACCAGUGAACGAGAAGCAGCGCCCAGCCACCCUGGACUCGACCGCGCGGAUGUCACGCGCUGACAGCGACGGUCAGCUCGACGACGAGGGCUUUUACACGAGGGUCGACGGCUGCAGUAACGGCAGCGGUAGCGCUCCACCUCCAAUCCCCCAACGAGAACUGCGGCCACGUUCCGUCGGCUAUGGGACGACGCCCCCGAGGCCGACGCAUCAGCGUUCCCUCAGCAAGCCCCUUAGCCCCAAGCUAGCGCUCAGGAACUCCGUGUCGACACCCACCGACGGCUCCGAGCAGUCCAACAUGAGAAGCUCCUGGAGCGAGCCUGGCUCCGAACCCGCUCCACCGCUACCUCCUAGAGGUUGCACACCAGAUAAGAGGGACUUGAACUCGAGUUUGAUAGCACCUCCAGCACCACCGAAACGACUUUCGCACAAGCGUAAUACCGAGUGGAGUAUCGAGGAUGAUCAGCGUCAUUCCAAUGAGCUUCAUGAUCUUCGUGACAGUGGCAUCUCCACGCUCUCGAGUCUCUCGGACUUUCAAUCUCAACUAUCAAAUCUCAAUAAUCUGAGUUAUGAAGAUUUCGAGCCCCGAACUAGAACUAACGACACCAUGAAUAUUUCACCUCCGUCUGUAAUAAGUGCCAUGAGCACUUCUACCAUCAGUUUCACCAACGUCAUUUUCCAAGAGCCCAAUCCACCACCCAUACCUCCGAAAGCUCACCAAGACACUCCAUCGGCCCCGUCGACGCUGGAACGCACGACCAACCGCAAUCAUGGACUAUCAACCGUAGCGCACAUUGACAACUAUUCGGUGCCGAAGCUACAAGCUCUAUCAGUUGCUUCGGACUCGGAAAGUACGGUUUAGAGAACAAUGUCGAUCG